UGUUAAUAGUCUGUAUGAAGAGGGCUCUGAAAAUAAUCCCAUAAAAUGUAUCUGGCACCUGCAGUAUUUCGUCAUCGGUUAGCAGACAGUCCAAUCUCACAUCACCGACGGUAGACCGUUCAGUUCGAGGGAAUCCCUCUUGACGUACAGUGUUGUGGGCAGUGUAGCCCAUUAGUGAUAAACAAUGAACAGGGCUCGUAUGCUAUCAAAGCUUCUAAGUCAGGCACCACCGGGAACUCCCCUGGUGGCUGUCCGAGCCUGGUUUGUUGGUGGUGUAAGAGGAAAGGCUUCAGCACCACCACCACCUACUGCUUUGGCAGCAGAACCCUUCUUAAAUGGAUCCUCGUCCAAUUAUGUGGAGGAAAUGUACACUGCUUGGCUCCAAGACCCAAAAAGUGUCCAUCAAUCUUGGGACACCUUUUUCCGAAAUGCUACAAGAGGUGCACAGCCUGGACAAGCAUACACUUCACCACCUACCCUAGCAGAACCUACUCCCCAUCAUGUACCAUUAUCAGCCCUAGCUCCUAUAAGUGCUGGACCACCAGCUGCUGCUCUGAGUCAAAAAACAAUUGAUGAUCACCUGGCUGUUCAGGGUAUCAUUCGAGCAUAUCAGGCUCGUGGACACUUGAUUGCCGCUCUGGAUCCACUUGGUAUCGAUCGUGAGGGUGUAGCAGAACGGCCAGCAACAACGAUGCCAGCAAGAACUGUCGUGAGGCAGUAUGCCGAUGCAAUUGAGGAAGAAGACUUGGACAGGUCUUUCACAUUGCCCAUGUCAACAUUCAUUGGGGGCAAUGAAAAAACCAUGACCUUGCGAGAAAUAAUAAAGAGGCUAGAAGAUACAUAUUGUCGUUCUAUUGGUGUUGAAUUCAUGUUUAUAAACUCCCUGGAGCAAUGUAAUUGGAUUCGACAGAAAUUUGAAACUCCAGGUGUUAUGCAUAUGGAGCCUCAGGAGAAGAGACUUCUCUUGGCACGUUUGACAAGAUCCCAUGGGUUUGAGGCUUUCUUGGCAAGAAAGUUUUCAUCUGAAAAGCGCUUUGGUCUUGAGGGAUGUGAAAUUCUAAUUCCUGCAAUGAAACAGGUAAUAGAUCGAUCUACUUCCCUGGGCGUAGAGAGUUUUGUUAUGGGAAUGCCACACAGAGGCAGACUUAAUGUGCUGUCAAAUGUGUGUCGGAAGCCACUGGAACACAUAUUCACACAGUUUAUUGGUCUAGAUACUGGUGAUGAGGGAUCAGGUGACGUUAAGUACCAUUUAGGAACAUAUCAAGAACGACUUAAUCGAGUAACGAACAAGAAUAUUCGCCUGGCUAUUGUAGCCAACCCUUCACAUCUUGAAGCCUGCAACCCAGUUGUUCAGGGAAAAACACGAGCCGAGCAGUUUUAUCAUGGUGAUUCUGAGGGAAAUAAGGUUCUGUCUAUUUUGCUUCAUGGAGAUGCUGCUUUCUCAGGCCAAGGCAUUGUUUAUGAAACCUUCCAUUUAUCAGAAUUGCCCCAGUACACUACUCAUGGUACCAUUCACAUAGUGGUCAACAAUCAGAUUGGUUUCACUACAGAUCCUCGUAUGUCCCGAUCAUCCCCAUACUGUACUGAUGUUGCCAGGGUUGUCAAUGCUCCUAUAUUCCAUGUCAAUGCUGAUGAUCCUGAAGCUGUAAUGCAUGUUUGCAAUGUAGCAGCUGACUGGCGCAACACUUUCCACAAGGAUGUUGUCAUUGAUUUGGUCUGCUACAGACGUAAUGGUCACAAUGAAAUUGAUGAACCUAUGUUCACCCAGCCACUUAUGUACACACGAAUAAGGAAACUCAAGCCUGUUGUUGAAUUGUUUGCAGAGAAACUAAUGAAUGAAGGUGUUGUCACCAAACAAGAAGUAAAGGAAGUGACGGAUAAGUAUGAAAAAAUCUUAGAAGAUGCCUUCCAAGCUGCUCAAACAGAAACACAGGUGUUCAACAAGCAUUGGAUAGAUUCUCCUUGGUCUGGUUUCUUUGAGGGUAAAGAUCCUUUGAAGGCCACACCUACUGGUGUACAUGAAGACACCCUUUUCCACAUUGGAAGAAGAUUUUCAAGUGUCCCUCCUAAUGCCAGUGAUUUUGUGGUUCAUCGUGGCCUUUUGCGUAUUUUGAACAGUCGUAUGGAGAUGGUAAAUGCUCGAACUGUUGACUGGGCUCUUGGAGAAGCUAUGGCAUUCGGUUCUUUGUUGAAAGAAGGCAUCCAUGUACGACUGUCUGGCCAGGAUGUCGAGAGAGGAACAUUCUCACACAGGCAUCAUAUCCUUCAUCAUCAGAAGAUGACUAAAGAUACAACUGUUGAUAAGUCACAGUACAACAUUCUAGCAAAUCUGUAUCCAGAUCAGGCCCCAUACACUGUGUGUAACUCUUCCUUGUCAGAAUAUGCAGUACUUGGCUUUGAACUUGGCUUUUCCAUGACCAAUCCUAAUGCACUUGUAAUCUGGGAGGCUCAGUUUGGUGAUUUCAACAACACUGCUCAGUGUAUCAUUGAUCAGUUCAUAUCAUCAGGCCAGUCAAAAUGGAUUCGCCAGUCUGGAUUAGUCUUGUUGCUUCCACAUGGCAUGGAAGGCAUGGGACCUGAACACUCAAGUGCACGACUCGAACGAUUCCUUCAGAUGACUGCAGAUGAUCCUGAUAUCUUGCCUGCUUUCACUGAGGACUUUGCUAUUCGCCAGCUAUCAGAUAUCAAUUGGAUAAUAGCCAACUGUUCCACCCCUGCAAACUAUUUCCACAUUUUACGGCGACAGAUUGCUCUUCCUUUCCGUAAACCUUUGAUUUUGAUGACCCCGAAGUCACUCCUCAGGCAUCCUGAUGCCAAGUCGUCUUUUGAUGAAAUGACUGAAAAGUCUGAAUUCCAAAGAGUGAUUCCCGAAAGAGGCCCAGCUUCUGAAAAUCAUCAAAAUGUCAAACGAGUAAUCUUCUGCUCCGGUAAGGUGUAUUAUGACCUCAUAGCUGCUCGUAAGGAUGCUAACCUGGAAGACAAAAUAGCUAUCUCAAGAGUUGAACAGAUUGCGCCUUUCCCACAUGAUCUAGUGAAGCAGGAGUGUUUGAAAUACGCAGGAGCAGAUCUUGUAUGGGCACAGGAAGAACACAAAAACAUGGGUGCUUGGUCAUAUGUUCAACCACGUUUUGCCACAGCUCUCAACCAGGAAAGACACCUUACUAAUGAGAUUCAGAGGCACACACAAGGCUCAGUGGAGCAUGGGUCUCAGUCUUGGUACGAAUAUUGGUUCCCUUGGCUCUUUCCAACGUCAAGUCCUACUGAUGUAGCUGCCGAUUCAACUGAUAGUCAGAGUUCUACGAUAUCUUCCCAUAAAAGGGUAGUGAGGUAUGCUGGGCGCCCUGCGUCUCCAUCUCCUGCUACUGGAAGUAAAAAGACUCACAUUCGAGAAUUGAAGCAACUUCUGGAAGAUGCACUUGCUCUUUAAGGAUUUCAAUUGGAAGCGUUGUAGUGACAAAAGUAAAGCACUACAAUAAUCCUUUACUUUUUUUAGAUUUAAAACUAACUAUUAACAUCCAUGUUACGUAAUUGCUCUUUACACAGGUUUAAUGAAAAUGUCGAAACUGGCCUGGAACUGCAGUUAUGACUUUUGUUAUAGAUUGACAGUUUAUCAAUCUUCUUAACAGAAUGCAUAAGCUCAUUGAAAUAAUUUAUUUUAGAAUUAAAUGUAGAGAGCAGUCAAAAUUUUGGCCUUUAGAAUUACAAUUCAGUUAUCAUAGUAUGUAUGUAUGUGACACACUUAUAUACAUGUGCAACACACACUAAAGGCCCUUGUAUCCUGAACUACUCAGACUGAGAGGGAUCCAUAUAUAUAUGUUUUGUAUAGCAAACCAUUUUUAUAGUCAAGCAUAUCUUAGCAAAUCUACUUAUACAAGAUAGUUUAUGAAGAUUAUAUAUAAAGGAAGAAUAUAUAAUCAUUAAAUGAAGAUUAUAUAUAAAGUAAGAGUAUGUAAUCUUUAAAUUAAGAUUACAGUAUAUAUGAAGGAAGAAUAUGUAAUCAUUAAAUGCUUAUAAAGAUGCAAUGCAAAUAAUGUACAAGAAAUGAUAAUCUGUAAGGAAAACUGCACAUAGCUACUCUAAUUUACACACUUAAAUUCCUAAGGAACUUUUUUCAUGGGAUAAACUAAGUAUAUGACACAAGAUAACUUUAAACUUGUGCAUAUUGUAAUAGGAGAAAAGUUGUUUAAAAAAAAUACCCUUAUUCAGUCAACUAGCUGGACUCGGCAGAUCAUUUGAUUUUAAUAGUUACUUAACUUUUCUAAAAGAUGAAGAAAAAUAUUGAUGGGUAACAUUAGUUACAUAUGAUGGGACCAUUGAACAUACAUAUUUUUUUCAGUCCCUAAUGGCUCAGCAGUUCAGCUGUACCUCAUAUAAACACAGCUUGGUUUGAAGUUACUCUAGAUUUUCUAUUCCUCAUUCUUUAUGGAAAUGAAACCAACUUGUGUGAAUAUAAAAGAACUAUCUUUAACCAAAACUAAAUGCUGUAUUUUAAAAACCUCUUUAAAAUCUUAAGCAAAAGCACCAUAAUUUACUCAGUUAAAGAGUAAAGUAGUAUUGCUAAUUUGUUUAACAUUAUUUAUUCUCAUCAAAAGCCACCAGUGGCUUCAGUCAGUCUGACAAUGGUUUGAAAUUUAUGCAUUGCUUGCAACAUCUGAUAUCUUACUGUCAGCUAGGUGGGUUCUAGAUAUGAGGUUCUAUACUGUGUCUGUAUAUACAUAAAUUAAAUAUAUACACAUUUAUUGUACAUGUAUGUAAGAAAACUAUUUGAAUUAGUGUAUAUAUAUUUUUCUUUGUGUGAAUUACCUUUGUUUAUACAGGAUGUUGUAUUCUCAGAGAUAAUAUUCAAUAUUUUCACUAUUUAUUUUUUUCAGUUACAGUACAUUAUAUUUAUGAUUUGGGGCUGUUUUUAAAUGCAAGAGUAACAUGAGCUAGUCUUACUUUAAAUUUAUUAUAUUUCAAUCAUAUCACAUAAAAAUUGAAAAUAUUUUUUAUUUGAUGGACAAGUUCAUGUUUAGUAUGUGAUGUAAAUGAAUAUAUUUUUCUGAGAUUGCAUAAUUAAAGUACAGUUUGAUUUGAUGGCUUUGGAGGAUUGUAGAUUGUUAGAAGGAACUCGUAUGUAGUAGCUUUUAAAUUUUGGCUUCAUGCUUUCGAAUAAGCUCAGUGUUAACAUGCAGUUUAAAGUUUUUUUGUUUUUUAUCACAAUGAUGCUCAAGUAGCCAAAAAUAUGCAGAUUUGUUGACCAUAUUUUGUACACAUUUUACCAAUUUUUAACAUUGUUAAUUGAAUGUAAAACUUAUUUUCCUAUGCUUUAGAGGAUUAAAAAAAAUGGGGAAAAAAUCACUGGGACACCCUCUCUUUUUGGUCUCCACUUUCCCUCUAUGUAUGGGCUGUCCAUGACUGAAAUGCUCUGGCAAUAUCUGCCAUUGACAUUCAGUGGUGACUCAAAAUCUACCUAAGUAUAUUGGAAUUUUAAUAUAGCCUAUGGCAACACUACUGCUUUGGCAGAGGUUGAUCCUGUUACAUUAAUAUUAAGGAGAGUAUUCAGGAGCAAGGGUGUAAUAUAUUGUGAUUGUGCUCUUUUAAAGUGCAUUUGCUCCUGCUAUUUUUAUAGGACUUUGUACUGUGUAUCUCUUCAUGCAAAUUCAGUCCCUCCAUGAUCCACUUGUGGUUAGAGGAAGUCCUAUAUUCUCAUGCCUAAUAUUAGGAUGAACCCACCAGGCAGCAAAUUAGCGAUAGUUUUUUCCCUUUUAAGCUGAGCUUGUUUCAUUAUGCAGUGGCUGUUUCUUCAUGCAUAGUACAGCUGUAGAGCUUUAUUUCUACAUAUAGAAUCUAUCAAGUUGAGAGAAAACAUGUAACAGUGUAUCUAGUUAUAUAAAUGAUUCAAUGUCACUAAAGGAACAUGGUCUUAUUUUAAAAAAUAUUUCUUCUUUUUUAUUCAGCAAUACUGAUUUAAAAGGGAAUAUUUGGGUAUUCAAUUACAGGAGUGUUGAUAUUUUAACUGUUUAGUGGUAUAAUAGAUGUGUACUUACACAAGCUCUCACCAAUGACCAGUAUUGUUUCAAAAGUUCAGGAGUGCUUACAUUAACUCUCCCAGUUUAAGUGAUAACUUGUAUAAAAGUUCAGUAUCAACAUACGUAUAUUAGUCUUUGGGCACUUAAAUUUAAUUCCUUAAUGAGUAUAGCCAAUGUAUAUUUGCUUUCUUUGCUGAUUUUGAGCACCAAGUGCCUAUUCUGCACCAUCUGCAU